AUGACUGUAGCUAGAGCUUUAUAUAAUAAAACAAAGUAUCAUUUUGAUGGUUACUAUUGUCUUGCUUCUGUAAAAGAGGCAAGACAAUUUGCACAAACCUUUACUGAAUUUUCUGUUAUCAUCUUACAAGAUGAUAAAGUAAAAAUAAAUUUAGAUGUAGCUGCAGUUGGCAGAACAUUUUAUAUCUUGCAAUCAUCCUCUUAA